UUACUUACAUAAAACACUCGCGUGUACACACAUGCGCAGACAUGCCUAACCUUCAAUACAUAUUUUUUCCAUUAAGGUACAUAUGUAAUAUUUGAAAUAAAUGAACAAUAUGGGUAUACAUAUUUAACGAUCGAUAAACAAUCAAAUUAUUCCUUCAAAUUAUACUCGGAAAAUAUUUUCAUGUGUUACAAGUGAAUAUAGUUUACAAGUGAAAAUAAAAGAUAAAGUCAUAAAGAAUUAAUGUAUAAAAUUAAUAAUUGACAAGAGAAGAAAAAAUAUUUUAAUUUCGGUGAAAGCUAAAAAAUAAAAAAGUAAAACCAAAGAACGCAAUAAUGAGUGUUUGGUACGCAAUUAAUUAAUUUAAUCAAACGCCAUCUCGUGCUACGUAAAGGUAUCAUUUAAAAUCAGUAGUUUUCCAGUUCUGUUUCGGCAUUCGCUUAAAACGUAAUCAAGUACACCAAGAAUUGUGACGGAUUACGAUCCAUCACGAUAGUCAGAAAUAGGCAAGAGGAGCAAAGAGGACACGUAAAAGAUGGCGGAAGCCGUUGUAGACGGGGCAAUGUCCCGAUUUUUUUGUCACAAAUGCAGUAUCGAAAUUGAACGUUUAUUACCUGAUUACACAUGCCCAAGAUGCUCAAGUGGUUUCAUAGAGGAAUUGGAAAGUGAUAGCAGUGAUAGUGGAUCUGGAAUGCACAUCAAUAGUGACAUAGAUGAUCUUUGGGAACGCUAUGCAGAUGUUCCUCUGAGGGGAGAAUAUGAAAUGGAAUUUUCCAAUCAGUUUGAAACACCAGUUAGUUCUAGCAGAAAUAAUGGUCCUGCUGGUAGAAGACGAGUUCAUUGGUCACGUAAUGCCCAAGAUACACGUCGCUCUAAUAGUCGUGGAAGACAGGAAGUAGUUCCUGUGUCUGUAGAGAACUUCAUACAAGAUUUUAUACUUAAUCUCUCAGAAGGGGUAGCACAAGCUGCACAACUACCUGUAUUCAAUAUUAGACUGUUCUUGGGAAAUCCUGGAGAUUAUGUUUGGGGUCAAGAUGGCUUAGAUGCAAUUGUAACACAAUUAUUAAAUCAAAUUGAUGGAACUGGACCACCUCCUUUACCAAGAAAACAAAUUGAUGAAAUACCAACUGUAACUGUGAAUCAAUAUCAUGUUGAUAGUAAACUUCAAUGUUCCGUUUGUUGGGAAGAUUUCAAACUUUCUGAACCAGUUAAGCAACUUCCUUGUUUACAUCUAUAUCAUGCACCAUGCAUUGUACCAUGGUUAGAAUUGCAUGGUACUUGCCCUAUUUGUAGACAGCAUUUGGGAAGUCAGAAUUCAACCGAAGUACAUCAGGAUAAUACCGUAGGACGUAGCUUAGUCGCUCUCUUUAGAGCAACCAAUGAAUCGAACAAUACUAGAACAUCAUCAACUUCAUCCUCGAGUGGUAAUAAUUCCAGUAGUAACUCGUCGAGUGAGAUUUGAGAUUGAUUAUCACGACUUAUUAUUUUCUCUAUCUAGCAGGACACACAAAUAUACACACACAACACGCAUCUAUUUUUCACUUUUUUCAAAUUUGUUUUCUGGCACUGUUCAUUUGAGCGAUGCUCAUAUAUACUUCAUCAAUAUUGUAUCUCGAUACUAAUAUAAAUUUCAAGCUUUAUACUUUAAUCCAUGAUGUAAUAUGAAUCACACAAAAAAUAAUGCAGUAUCAAAUUACAACUUGCAUGUGUUGCUUUGCUUGAAUUAUAAUGAAAUAUGAAUAUUAAAAGUUAAAGAAAGACGUGCGUAUUUAUAGUUGAAAUAAUCCUUAUUGCUAUAUAUAUGUAUAUAUUUAUUUAUGCGCGCGCCCAGACAUAAUUUUAUAAUUUGCAAAAACAUGCAAUUCAUGGAAUUUUCUAAACAAACUUGUCCAAAAUUUAUAUAAGAAGAGAAUGUAUGUUUCUUUAUAAAAAUUUAAAUUUGGAUGUUUAAUAAAUUUAACAUAACACAAUGAUGUUUACAAAAAGAAAAAAAAAUACACUGUAACAUAAUUUAAGCGUAGGAAGUGUGUUAUACAUAAAAAUAAUAGAACAAAUAUUAGUGGUUUUAAUUAUGUACAGUUUAACUGAACAUUUAUGCACGUGAUUAGAGUAUCAAAUUUCUACUCAG